CGUCCUUCCAGCAGGGGGCAGCAUGUGAACACGCAAGCAGAAGAAGUAGAAGAAGAAGAAGAAGAAGAAGAAGAGAAGAAGAAGAAAGUCAACAGAUGUUGAUGAAGAAGAUGUUCCUUGUGGACGACAACGCCGACUUCCACCUCUGGAGGUAACUGGAAGGCAGCGUUAGGUCACAUGACCCACCAUCAUGACCACGGGCGCCGCCAAACGCCUGAAAGUAGGAACGUCCUGUCAGCGCCGGCUCGGCGGGGACGAAUGCUCGCUGGAUGAAGACGACGCCCCGGAAUCCAACCUGGUCAUCACCACGGACGAGCAACACGCUCAGGGUGUCAGGAGGAGAGCGGCCAGGAGGAGACGGAAGACUCAAAUGGGACAAGGUGAUGAGAACAAGGAGGAGGCGGGAGGACAGAUGAUUGACAGCCAGCUCGACCAAUCACUGGAGAGCACAUCUAAACAACACAACCUGACCAGCGUCAACGUGCGCAACAUCAUCCAUGAGGUGAUCACCAAUGAACAUGUGGUGGCCAUGAUGAAAGCUGCCAUCAACGAGACGGAGGCCGUGCCGCCAUUUGAGCCCACAAUGACUCGAUCCAAGCUGAAAGAAGUGGUGGAAAAAGGCGUGGUGAUCCCGACAUGGAACAUGUCUCCCAUCAAGAAGAGCAGCGAUGUUUACAAGGUUCACCAGUUUGCAGACAUCCCUCUGGCUGAAGAAGACUCGUCUGAUGAAGAGUAUCGUCCUGAUGAGGAAGAGGAGGAUGAGACAGCAGAAGAUACCCUGCAGGAGAGCGACUUGGAGAACGCGGCGUCGCCCCCUACAGGACGUGCAGUGCAGCGACCGCGUGCUCCCAGGAAGGCUUCUUGCACGCCCUGCAGCCAUUCUACUGCCAUGGCUCCUCCCCGCCUCCCCAAAGCCCCGCCUCCCAAAGUAGUGACGGACACCACCUUCCUGGAGAAGCUUCAUGCUGUGGAGGAGGAGCUGGCUGUGUGCAUGGAACCAUACCAGUGUCAGCCCCUGUCACAGUCAGAGGAGGAAGUGGGGCUCAUGGCGUAUCGGACCCGCUCAAAGCGUCCUCUACGUGACGUCCCGCUGGGACAACUGGAGGCGGAGCUUAGAGCGCCUGACAUCACACCUGACAUGUACGACUGUGGCUCCGCCCCCGAGGACAGAGAGUGGACUGUUUGGUUGAGAAGCUUGAUGAGCUCCGACUUCAACAACAUUGACGAGGAGUGUGAUGAUGAAGAUGACCCAGAGUACAACUUCCUGGCUGACGUAGAUGAACCAGACCAGGAAGAUUACCGUGACGACAAGGCAGUCCGCAUCACCAAAAAGGAAGUGAAUGAACUGAUGGAGGAGCUGUUUGACACGCUGAAGGAGGACAUGAGGGGACAGGAAGUGGAGGAGGACGCUCAUGAAGAGGAGGAGGAGCAACAGGAAGACACACACCUGUGUCACGUGUCCACAGAAGAAGCACAUGUGACACAGGAUGGACCAAUCAGAGAGCAGCGUACAGUCAAGCAGCAGCUGGCCUUCAUCAGGAGCACACAACACACACUCACGCUGGACACACAACACACACACUGUGCACACACACUCACGCUGGAUACACAACACAGGAGCCGACUGAAACAGCAGCUGCAGCAGGUACACACACACACACACACACACUCACGCUGGACACACAACACACACACUGUGCACACACACUCACGCUGGAUACACAACACAGGACACGUCCAAUUGUUGACUCAGAUCCACCUGCUGACUUCACCUGUGGACCAACUUCAGAGUGAAGCUGAAACCACCAGACACUACCUGUUUGAGUUGGAGAUGUUGGCGCAAAGAGGCGAGAUGAUGACGUCAUCGCUCUGCCCCGCCCCCAGCAGCGCCUUCAGAGCAUCCAACCUGCAGGGGGCGCUGGUGCUGCUGGACGAGCUCCGCCCACUUCCUGUCACCUGCCCAGCACGCCCACACACACCUGAUGCUCGCGGCCAAGUGCGCUCCUUCCCCGUCAUGCCCGCCCACCUGGCGUGGAUCUUUGCCACGCGUCCAGUCUUCCUCUACCCUCAACUCCUGCCAGGUGUCAGUCUGGAUCCUGCUCUCUACUGCCCCCGCAGGACUGCUGCCUUCACUGCAGCAGAGGACUGCUUGCUGGUGCUGGGUCUGAGGAACAUGGAGGGGUCAUGUGACCCCACCCGGCUGGUGUCGGACCACCUGCUGGGCAAAGGUGUGGCUCAGGUGAGACGCAGGAUCCUGCAGUGCUGCAGACCUGGCACCCCCAACAACAUGGUCAAGGCCUUCAGGUACCAGCGUGUGCUGCGGGUCAUGCCGCCCACCUGUCGUCAUGGUGACACUUCAGAGCAGCGCCCCCCAGUGGAGAGGGACUUGAACAUCAUGCCUCUGUGGUUGCAGAGGAGUCUUCCGGUUGUCACGGCAACCGCCCAACAAAAUGGCUACCCUCCCCGCUGCCCCCCAAAUCUGGAGUUCCGGCGUGUGGGUUUUGUUCGCCGUGUGUCGACCAAUCAGAAGGGACCAGUUGGGGGAAGCGAGACUCCUCCCCCUCCCAAGUGCCCCGCCCACACCGACAAGCCGACAAGCGACCAGGCGGAGCUUGUCUCGUCAGGACCCCCAGAAAGCUCCGCCUCUCGGUGCCUGAAGCAGGAAUUGUGGGCGUCGUCUCCCAUGGCAGUUUCUGCCAAGAAUGUUUGCACGGGCGCCAACGGAGAAAGACUCGUCACCUGGACCCGCCAAGCAGACCACGCCAUCCUGACUGCGUGCCAGCGGCAAGGAGCCAGUCCCGGAACCUUCCGCCAAGUCUCCGCCCAGCUGGGAAACAAGAGCGCCCAACAGGUGCGUCUUCGUUUCCACCAGCUGGUUAACCUGUUCCACUCGGCUACCUGCCAGGAACCAGAACCAGAACCUUGCUGACAUUCUGCCGGUCUUUGAAGAAGCAAAGAAUCCUCUGAAAAAUUCACAUUGAAUUGAAAAUAAAGUUUGAUGCUUUUAAAAUAUUCUUUAUUGAAAUAAAAAGUUGCUG